AUGGUCCCCUUCUUUGCCUCUGCCCUGCUUUGCGGCCUCUCGCUUUUUCAGGAAGUAGGCGCGCAAACCUACGAUGAGCUGUACCGGCCCCGCUAUCACUUCACCCCGGCUAAGAACUGGAUGAACGAUCCCAACGGUCUUCUUUGCCACAACGGCGUCUACCAUCUGUACUACCAGUACAACCCGGGCGGAGAUACCUGGGGAGCCAUGUCGUGGGGCCAUGCGGCCAGCAAUGAUCUGAUCCACUGGAAACACCAGCCCGUUGCUCUCCUUGCCCGUGGUUACCCCGAUAGCAUCACUGAGAUGUUUUUCUCUGGUUCUGCUGUCGCCGACACCGGGAACACGAGUGGUUUUGGCAAAAACGGAACAGUUCCACUUGUGGCAAUGUAUACCUCCUAUUAUCCCGGGUCACUCAAUCUUCCUAGCGGCAAGUCAGUCAACGGAGGACAGCAAGCCCAAUCCAUUGCGUACAGCCUCGACGACGGCACCACCUGGACAACAUACGAUGCCGCUAACCCCGUCAUACUCAACCCGCCCGCACCCUACGCCGAUCAGUGGCGCGACUUCCGAGACCCAUUCGUCUUCUGGCACGAGCCAACCCAGAAAUGGGUUUCCGUCAUCUCGCUGGCCCAACUACACAAGUUGCUCUUCUACACCUCGCCCAACCUGAAGGACUGGACUUUGGCCAGCGAGUUCGGCCCGAUGAACGCAGUCGGAGGUGUCUGGGAGUGUCCCGGUAUCUUCUCACUUGCCCUUGACGGGGACGCGGCGCAGACCAAGUGGGUGGUACAGAUUGGACUCAACCCUGGUGGGCCGCCUGGGGUUGUUGGCUCUGGAACGCAAUACAUUGUCGGUGAUUUCAAUGGCACGGCGUUUGUUGCCGACUCCAACGCAGCAGCCGCGGAUACCACAUUCCAAGAUUUCGAAGGCACUGACGACUUUGCGUCUCGCGGCUGGGUUGCCACUGGGGGAUUAGUCGGGGCUGCACCGGCCCAUGGGACACUCGGUGGACAGCAAAGCGUCUCUGGUUUUGCCGGCUCUGGCUUCGUCAACACUUUCCUGGACGUAGACUCAACCACCGGCACGCUCACCUCGCCGUUAUUCAACAUUACUCGACCGCUCAUCAACUUCCUCAUCGGCGGCGGCAAUGCCCCGGGCGUUGAAUGCAUCAACCUUGUGGUCGGCGGUCAGGUUGUCCGCACUGCCACGGGCAGUGACAGCGAGCAUCUGGUGCCGCAGAGCUGGGACGUUACAGACCUGAUUGGCCAGGACGCCGUCAUCGAGAUCGUGGACCUCAGCACGGGUGGCUGGGGACAUAUCCUGGUGGAUGAGAUUUCGUUUUCCGACAUAUCGGCUGCGUCGCGAGGGACCAACUGGAUGGACUGGGGCCCUGACUACUACGCUGCGGCAUCGUUCAAUGGACUUGCGUCCGAAGACCGCACUAACGUUGCCUGGAUGAACAACUGGCAAUACGCGGCCAACAUUCCUACCUCUCCAUGGCGCAGCAUGUUGUCGAUCCCUCGGAAACUGUCACUCCAGACCAUCAGCGGGUGGCCAACCCUGAUCCAGCAACCUGCCGUCAACUUGACCACUCUGCAGACCGGAACGUAUUCCAACACCUUCAACACUGUGGCUGAGGGGGCCCAAGUCAUUCCGCUCUCUGGGAAGUCUCUCGAUAUCACCGCGACAUUCUCUGACCGGAGCUCGGCGUCAGGUCAAUUCGGCCUCCUCCUCCGGACAACCUCUGAUCUGACGCAGCAGACACGGAUCGGGUACGACUUCGGCUCCAAGCAGAUGUUUGUUGAUCGAACCAAGUCCGGAAAUGUCGGGUUUGACGGGACCUUCUCCAAUACGUAUUCCGCCCCGCUGGUGGCUGGCAGCGACGGCAAGAUCACACUGCGCAUCCUUCUCAAUUCCUCUUCGGUUGAAGUCUUUGGUGGUAAGGGCGAGGUCACCUUGUCGGCGCAGAUCUUCCCCCAGGACGCAGGCGUAGAUGUCUCUCUUUUCUCGACUGGGGGAAGUACAAAUGGGGUCACGAUUGAUGCCAAGAUCCUGGGGUCGGCUUCCAACAACACGCCCACGAACACCACGACUCUCAGCACCAGAGCGACCCUCAGCAGCACCAGCACAACCCUCGGCGGCACCGGCACGACUCUCGGCCCCAGCACGACCCUCAGAACAGCGAUAGCCAGUACAACCGCCAUCGUCCCCCCUUCGGCCACGCCACCCGUCGAUUUCCGCCCUGUUUUCCACUUCGUGCCAGACCAGAACUGGAUGAACGAACCCAACGGUCUUAUCAAGAUCGAUUCCACGUGGCACCUUUUCUUCCAGCACAAUCCCACCGGAAACUUCUGGGGCAACCUGAGCUGGGGCCAUGCAACGAGCACCGAUCUAGUAUCCUGGACGCACAAACCUGUUGCCAUCUCCAGCGCAAACGGCAUCCAAGCGUUCACGGGCACGUCGUAUGCCGACCCGCAGAACCUUUCAGGACGAGGAUCGUCAUCCAACCCACCAUAUCUCGCCUUCUACACUGGUUACGACCCAUCGACCGGGGUGCAGGAUCAGCGGCUGGCGUACAGUCUCGACCAGGGCGCCACAUGGACUAAGUACGAGCCAGGCAAUCCGAUCAUCCUGCAAAGCCAGGAAGCGCCCCAUGAUGUCACCGGCGGUCUGGAAAUCCGCGAUCCGAAAGUCUUCUACCAUGCUCCCUCCAGCAGAUGGGUCAUGAUUCUCGCACACGGCGGUCAGGAUAAAGUCAGCAUCUGGACAUCCAGCGAUGCACUCGCCUGGACCUGGGCAAGCGACUUCAAGGCCAGCAACAUUCCCAACUUGCCCGGUGGGAUCAGCGGGUGGGAGGUGCCCGACUUUUUCCAGCUCCCCAUCAGCGGAACAAACCAAACAAAAUGGGUCAUGCUCAUCACGCCUGCACAAGGCUCCCCCGCUGGCGGUAACGGCGUCUUUGCGCUCACAGGCUCCUUCGACGGCUCCUUGUUUACCGCAGAUCCCGUCAACGACUCCAGCACCUUCUGGCUCGACUACGGCCGCGACUGGGACGGCGCCCUAAGCUGGGAAAACGUCCCCACUGCGGACGGACGCAGGAUCCUCGCUUCCGUGAUGAACAGCUACGGCGGAAACCCCCCGACCAACACCUGGAAGGGCAUGCUCUCGUUUCCCCGCACGCUGGAGCUGCAGCAGUUCAACGGCAACAAGCUGCGGUUCCUGCAAAACCCUGUGGAUGAGCUCGACACGUACGGCUGGCCGGUCGCAAACAUCACCGGCCAAACGCUGGCCCCUGGCGAUCAGCCUCUGCUCACCGACGUCCACUCCCGCACCCUCGACAUCAAGAUCUCUUUUACCCCUUCUCCUGGCUCUACGCUCUCUCUCGCUGUUCGCAAGGCAGGCUCGGUACAGACCCUUGUCAACUAUAUGCAGAGCUCGCAACAACUGCAGGUGGAUCGCAAUGCUAGUGGGAAUACCUCGUAUGAUCCUGCCGCUGGCGGUGUUCACACUGCUACAUUGCAGCCGGGUUCGGAUGGGCACGUGAAGUUGCGGGUUGUGGUGGAUGUGUGCUCGAUCGAGGUUUUUGGUGGGCAAGGGGAGGUGGUUAUUUCGGAUCUGAUCUUUCCCGAUGUGAGCGCUGAUGGUGUGUCGCUGGGGGUGUCGGGGGGGAGUGUGGUUUUGGGGUCGGUGGAAGUGAGGGAAGUACUUGUUUGA